CGUGCGGGCCGGGCCCGGCGCGCGCCCUGCGUUCCCGUUCUCGGGGCCACGGUCCUGCGGCCGGCACGGCGCAUGCCCGGCCCGCGGUCACGUGACACCUGUCAUGGCCGCCUCCUUGGUCCCGGGCGGCGGGAAUGGCGGGCUACUGCUGCGCGCUGCUAGGGGCUCCUGGUGGAGCAGGACCAGGCGGGUGGCGGCGCUGACAACAACCAGGAAAUUCCGGACCACAGGCUGGCGCGCGGCACCAGGCGACACCGGCGGCCCUGAGCGGCCCGGGGACGUGGUGAACGUGGUGUUCAUAGACCGGUCGGGCCAGCGGAUCCCAGUGAGCGGCAGAGUCGGGGACAAUGUCCUCCAUCUGGCCCAGCGCCACGGUGUGGACCUGGAAGGAGCCUGCGAAGCCUCCCUAGCGUGCUCCACCUGCCAUGUGUAUGUGAGCGAGGCCCACCUGGACCUCCUGCCUCCGCCUGAGGAGCGGGAGGACGACAUGCUGGACAUGGCGCCCCUGCUCCAGGAGAACUCCCGCCUGGGCUGCCAGGUCGUGCUGACUCCCGAGCUGGAAGGGGCAGAAUUCACCCUACCCAAGAUCACCAGGAACUUCUACGUGGACGGCCACGUCCCCAAGCCCCACUGACCGGGCCAGCAGGACCAGCCCGGGACCGCAGUGGCCCUGGGAGAAGGACUGAAGGAGGAGCCCAGCAGCCAGCCCGGCGCAGAGUGCAGACCUGGGACAGAGAAAGGUCGCAGGCACCGAGAAGGCCAUAGCCCUGCGGAGGACAGAUCCCUCGUCCAGGCUGUGGCGGGCCAGGGCGCCUCCCUGGGGAGCCUCCCCUGAGCCCCUGAGACGCAGAGUGUAAAUAGGGGUGGACUCGAGUUACGGCUGCAAUAAAGCUGCUGCAGCUUUCAAGCA